UUUAAAAAAUACUUAAAUAAUUGUCACAUAUUGAAUCAUGUAUUGAAAUUAUAAAUGUAAUAUGGAAGUAAAUGAUAGCUCAAUUAUUCUACAAAAUAGUAACAGUGGUAUAACAGUAGCAGACACAGUAUGGAAAUUCAUUAACAGUCCUGUAAUUGCAAUCUUCUCUGAUUUAAAGAAUGCUACAGCCAAGCAAAUGCUUUGCUCCCUUUUGGAGUCAAUACUUAAAGGAUCAGCUACUUUAACUACAGUUUUAGUUCCACCUUUUAGUAAUGGCAUACAAAAUGAAACAUUACAAUGUCAAUAUGCAGCAUUUACCACUUGGCUAUUUGGCACAAUGUUUUAUAUAGUUGGAGAUCCUUUAAGCGAUAAUAUUUUAAAUAACAGUAUAGAAAUACAAGCUUGCAUGCUUCGUAUAUUAUCUAGACAUCAUAUCACAAUGUUUGAAACAAUUAGUAUUGAAUAUAUGAAUAUUCUUCAAGAAAUAUCUGAGUUCUAUAAGACAAAUGGAGAUGAAGAUGAAAUUAUUCUGGUCAAGUUUAAUGCACAAAGGAACAUCAUAGAGAAUUUAGAUCUACAAGCAUUUCCUGUUACACUUAAGUGUUCUAAUAUACCAGUAGUUCAAGUAUCUGUAUUAAAAAUCAUAGAAAAAGCAGGGAUUUUUAAUUGGAAUCAUAAAAUACUCUCUCAAACAUUAUUGCAAGUAAUUAUGAUAUCUGUUCCACAUGUAAAAUUUACUGCACUAGAUACAUGUGUUAAACUGAUGAAAUAUUCUUUAGUGGAUAGACAGGAAUCUGAAAGCUUUAUUCUUUACACUAUUGAAAUUAUUAAAGGAAUUCCUAUAUGGUUAAACUUGAAUGAAAUAUCACUGGAUCAAUUAUGCCAGUUUUUAUGGACACUGGUUGAGUUUAUUGAGUUUUUACCUACAUUUGUAAAUAGUAUAGAAGUUUAUUUUCAAAUCAUUGAUUUAACAGUUCAUGAAUUAAUAUGUUUUGCUCCUAAACUUAAUGCCCUGGAAGUAUUGAAAAAAUCUGCGUGCAAUAAAAUUCGAAAAUAUUUUAUAAUGGAACCAGGAAUAUGUACUUUUUCUGAAGUACAAAAACUUAUUUCUUAUUUUGAACAUUUUCCGGAUUUUAUUAACAUUUUUGUUCAAGCUGUUCUCAUUGAUAUUAAAUAUGCUGAUAAUAAAAAUAGUUCAGUCGGUGAUAUCUGUAAAUCAUGGAAUAUAUUAAGAAAAGAGUUAGUAUGUUCAACACAAAUGAAAAAGUUUGAAACAUCUAAACAUAUUUUGAAAGCCUCACGUACUUUACAAUCAUGGCUAAAAGACCUACAAUUACCUACAGAUUUAUAUAUAAAUGAGUUGGAAGAAAUUUUGAAGAUACUCUUGGACAGUUUAAGUCCUGAACAUUAUCAGCAAAGAAAUGUUAUUUUUGAAAAUUUAGUUCAUCUCAUGGCACAUAAUGAAUCAAACAAAGAUUUAAUUGAAAAAAUAUUAGCAUUACCCUUUAUUGAACAUAUUGAAAUUUCUGAAAACAUAGUAAAUAAUUACGUAAAAGAAGCAGCCAAAUCUCUUGAUAUUGCUACAAUGUUGAAGUGUCUUGAAGCUUUGUGUGAAUAUGGUACUGGAAUAGACCAAUUAAAAAUAUUGAAUACCUGCAUAAAUAAUCGCGAAACAGAGUUAUCAGUAGGAGCAGUACUGAAUAGUAUCUUGCUUUUGAAGAAUAAGAAAUCAGAGUUAGAAGAAAUUUCAAAAUAUAUUCUACAACCUGCAUUAUGUUCUAAAGAGCAGAAGAUUCAUGAAAUACUUGUAAUUGUAUUGGGUGAUAUGAGUUGCUAUUUAUCUGGACAUGCCACUUUUAUAAGAGACACGAAUGAUACAAAGUGGACAGUGCAUUGCAGAUGUUGCAAUAACAGCUCUGAAAGCAGAGUGGAUACUAAUAUUUACCAUGUUUCAGAAGAACACGAUCGAUUUUUUAAACAGUGUUUUAGUUUAUUAUCUUCAAACUUUGUUUCAGUACGUUUGCGUGUUUCUGAAAAUAUUCUUCACUUUUCAAAUCACAUUCCAUCAUUUAAUAAUAUUGAAGUGGCAAAAAUGUGGUUUCCAUAUAUGGAAGAUGAAAGUUCUACAAUUCGGUUUAAUAUUGCUGCAGCGAUAAAAGGAGUAUUAACCAAUAAAAUGAAUAGUACAACAGUAUCUAUGACAUCUGUUAAAAACGAUGUACUUGAUUCUUUGAAUAAAUAUGUUGAAUCACUUAUUAAUACUAUAGCAGCUGCGCUCAUGAAGGCUUUACGAAGUUCAAAUCAUACUUUACACGAAACAUUACUUAUAACGGCAAAAAAUUGUGCAUGUAUUCCAUUACAUAUAAUUGAGAGACGAAUUUUGAAUAUAUUUUUGAUUUCUAUAUUAUAUUCAACAUCGUCUUCUGCAGCAGUGGCAUUUGCUACUACCGCAUAUCAUGACAUUGCUAAAUUCUUAAACGUUUCACCAAAAGUUCUAUAUGUUCGAUAUAAAAAGAGUUUCCUUAAGCUAAUAAUACAGUGUGCAGUUUAUAAUUUUGUACAAUAUUCCUACAAUAUGGCAACAUCGAUACAUCGGGUCGCAAAAUGUAUCGGAUACGAAGGAUCACGUCAAUUAUUACGUAAAGAUGGCCAUUAUGCGAUAUGCUUUUUGCUUUCCUUUAUCACUGACGUGCCAAAUGCAAAAGUUCUUUUGCAUGAUAUAGCUGAAUUAAUUAGCAUGGAUGAAAAACAAAUGUUAAAGGAAUAUUUCCCUUACAUUUGCAGUUACGCAUUUUUACACAUGCCACUUGCAACUGCUGCAGAAUGUUUGAAAUUAGUGUCAAAGAUCACCCAAACAAAUUUGUCUGUAUUAACAAAGGAAUCAUUUAUGGGCAUAUUUGAAGAACUCAUGUUAAAUUUUCAUGAAUCUCCGGAAAAAAUAGUUGGAUUGCUGAAGAUUAUAUCAGAAUAUGAUAAUAGCUCAGAAAAAAAUUUCAUUACACAUAAAGGAAUCGAAUCUUAUUUGAAUCUACGUUUGCACGGUAUAUUAGUAAAUUUUGAUAUAAAACUUGGGCCUAAGUCAGAUGAACAUACACAGCAAUCUGCACUUGCUUCAUUAGCUGCACUAAUGCGAUAUAUGGGCGCACAAUAUUUGACACCUUUAAGAUAUAAAAUCCUAGCUACACUAAGAACGUCCCUCGGAUUCAAAAGACCAGGAUUUGGUCCGCUUGUAUGUGAUGCAUGGAGUGCAUUUAUUCAUAAUAUUAAUGUUAGAGAGCUUGGGCCAUUAUUACCAACUAUAUGCGUAUCAUUAUUAUCACUAUUAAAAACGUAUCCAGAAACCGUAAUUAAUAUAUUGAAAUUUUUAAUCAUUCAAUGCAAAGAAGAAAAUUCUGAUCAUAUUGCAGAAUUAUUCUUCGUUGAUGAUAUGGAAAUUCCUCCCGAAAUUUCAAACAUAAUUAAAGCACACAUUUUGCAAGCUAGCCCUGAAGGUUUUGAAGCAAAUUUGAAGUUAUGGCUGAAACGAAUUGUUCAUGACACAGAUGAAGUAAGAGCCAGAGCAUUGACAUAUUUACAAAAAUUCCUAGCAGAACAUCGUAGUGAGCUAAAUGAAAUGAUCCUAAGAAGUGGUGGAACAAAUAUUCAUCCACUGAUCGUUGACUUAUUAGACACAUUAUUAAUUGGGUGUCAACAUAAAGAUGAAUCUAUUCGUUUGUUGUAUGGAGAAUGUUUAGGAGAAUUGGGUGCCAUUGAACCAAGUCUUCUUCCGCGCAAAAUUCUUUCUAGAGUCGACAGUCAGUUUAUUUCUGACAUGAAUGAAGAAUUUGCCUGUGCCGUACUCUUUGAACAUGUGCGGGCAUUGCAAAUGCAAAAAAGUAGUCAAAGCAUGGACUGUUUUUCACUUGCUAUUCAAGAAAUCUUAAAAACAUAUAACAUUUCACCACAAGGCAAAAAUAGUCAAUUGUGGAAUAAUCUUCCUUUAACUAUGAGGCAGAUUAUUACUCCUUUUUUAACAUCACAUUACAAGAUAGCAGCCAUCAGUGACAAUAAAGUGUUUCCUCAUCCUAUUUAUGGUUCGGAACUUGGUUCUUCUGUGGAAAAUUGGGCUUAUAAUUGGCUUUACAGUAUGUUCAGUAACAUUCGUGACGAAACCCUGAAUAAUGUAUUACGUGCGUGCAAAUUAGCACUUAAGCGGGAUAUAAAAAUAUUGACAUUCUGUUUACCUCAUGUUGUAUCAUAUAUAAUAACAAACGGCACAGAAGAAGAACACACAAAAAUACGAGAAGAAAUACUGACAAUAAUCGAUGUUAGGAAGAAACCUACGCUUGAUCCGGAAUUAUCAUGUCAUCGUCCACUUAGACAUGGGCAUACUGUUAAAGCAGAUGAUACAAGAAUCUCUGAAGAAACAAGGCGUACACGUUGCGCGCGGAUUGUGUUUUCGGUACUAGAUCAUUUGCAAAGAUGGCUUUGGGAGCAACGAUUAAGGCGUGAUCAUAAGUACAAAAGACUUAAAGGAUUCUGCGACAAACUUAAUACAUUGGUAGUAGCUGAGGGUUGUUAUCAGUCUCGGGAAUAUCAUAGAGCAUUAAUGUAUUUAGAACAACAUAUGGCUUCCUCCAAUAAAGGAUUAUCAGAAGCAUUGGAAGGUGGAUUACUUGCUAAAAUAUAUGCACAAUUGGAUGAGCCAGAUGGUAUAUCCGGUAUAUUGGCUACCCAAGAUCAUACUCCUACAGUUCAACAGUUAGUCCUGGCUCAUGAAGUUAAUGGACAACUUCAGGAUGCAGCUACGUGUUAUGAAAGACUGGCUCAGAAAAAGGCUUUGAAACAUACAUACUUGCAAGGCAUGAUACAGUGUUAUCUUGAUCUCGACCAACCUUUCACGGCAAAACAUAUUACUGAAGGUGUUUUAAGGAGUAGACCAGAGUUGGAACCAUUAAUGAUUGAACAUGAACCAUUUUGGAGAUUAGCCCAUUUUACUAGACUUGAUGAUACUUCCCAAAAAAAUAUAAAGCAUAUUCUACUAGAAGAUCUCAAAAAGGGAAUUAAACCAGAUUUACUAUCAUUGAAAAAAAAUCUAGUAGCACUUUUGGAAGACGCUUCGCGUCCUGGGGCUUAUCAACAAAGUUAUUCCUAUAUCAUGAAGUUGCAUAUAUUGAAUGAAUUUGACAAAGCAGUUUCUACCAUGUUAAUUGACGUGAAAAAAUUACCAAUGAUAUUCGAAGAAUGGGAAAAACGUGGUCAACUUGUUAGAGCUUCGCGUGGAGUAGAAUUUGUAUUAAGUAUGCGCAGAGCUACAUUAGAUUUAGCAGUUCAGUUGCAACAAGAAAUUGACAAUAAAGAGAACGAUGUGCUUAAGCAUGAGAUUGGUAAAACCUGGCUUAAAAGUGCCAAAAUUGCUCGCAAAAGUGGAUUACAUCAACAAGCUUAUAUGUACAUAUUAUCAGCUAGUGAUUCUUGUCCAUUACAACAACUUUAUAUAGAACAAGCCCAACUGUACUGGCAGAAGGGAUGUCAAGAAGAUGCUUUUACAACAUUAAAACGAUGCUUUUCUAAUUGUUUUCAACCAGCAACAUAUUAUAAAACUUUACCUCCAAAGGAGUGCGUCGAAGAGAGGAAACAAUGCGCAAAGGCAAAACUUUUGUAUGCCAAAUACAACGAUGAAACUGUUAAUGUAGAUACUGAUGCCAAUAUCAUAAAUUAUAAAGAAGCUAUUGAGGUUUGGAGAGAAUGGGAAAAAAGUUUACUUUACUGUGCACAGUAUUAUGAGUCUGUUAUAGAUAGAAUGGCCGAUGAUGAAAAAGAUACAAGAGCACGAGAUUUACAAGUACAUACUAUGAAUUACUACGGAAAGUCACUGCAGUAUGGUUGCAAAUAUAUUCAUCAAUCUAUGCCAAGAAUGUUAACUAUAUGGUUGGAUUUUGCUUCUCGUUCAUCGACAAGACCUACUUCUUAUGCACAUUCAGAACAAGUUAAAUUGCGACAAGAUGCAUUAUUAAGAAUGACAAAAAUUAUGGAGGUAUAUCAAGAAAGGCUGCCAAUAUUUAUGUGGCUAACUGCAUUCAGUCAGUUGGUAUCCAGAAUAUGUCAUCCAUCUACGGAAGUUCAAAAUACCCUCUGCACAAUAUUAGUAAAAUUAAUUCACGCUUACCCUCAACAUAGCUUAUGGAUGAUGGCAUCAGUUAUCAAUUCUUCUUACCCUGCGCGCCAAAGACGCUGUCAAGAAAUUCUCAAUCAUCCUAAACUUAAAACAGUCGAAAUGACAAAACUUAUCAAAGAUUUUCAUAAACUCUGGGAGAGACUAAUCGAAUUAUCUAAUAAAGCUAUUCCAGAUGGUAUUAUAAAUACUACCGUAAGUCAAUUGUCCCGAAAUCUUCCACGUUUACUUGCAAAUAAGGAAUUCAGUUCAAUUAUGAUGCCAACAACCAAGUUCAGACAACUUCAUUUACCGUCUAAGGGUGUAUCUUUAGAAAAUCAUAAUCCCUUUUCUCUAAAAUGGGUUCACAUAUCGGGAAUAGAAGACAAUGUAGCUAUUAUGCCAUCGCUUCAAAGACCACGACGUAUUACUUUAAGAGGAUCAGAUGGUAGAGAAUAUCUUUUUAUGUGUAAGCCUAAAGAUGAUUUACGAAGAGAUUUUAGGUUAAUGGAAUUUAAUGAUAUUGUAAAUAAAUAUCUUCAAAAUGAUCCAGAAUCUCGUCAAAGAAGAUUAUAUAUUCGAACAUAUAGUGUUGUACCACUGAAUGAAGAGUGCGGUUUGGUUGAGUGGGUGCCAAAUUUAGUUGGUUUUAGACCUAUUAUAAUAAGCUUAUAUAAAGAAAGAGGUAUUGCUAUUUCAAAUAGAGAACUUAGGAGUAUGAUAUGCACAUUGAAAGACCCACUAGAAAAGAAAAGGAAAGUGUUCCUAGAGCAACUUUUGCCCCGACAUCCCUCAGUACUCGGAGAUUGGUUUCGUCUUACAUUCCCUGAUCCAUAUGGAUGGUAUGAAGCGCGUACUGCUUACAUUAGAACUACAGCAGUAAUGUCCAUGGUGGGGUACAUUCUCGGACUUGGAGAUCGCCAUGGAGAGAAUAUAUUAUUUGACUCGAAAUGUGGAGACUGUGUCCAUGUGGAUUUUAAUUGUUUAUUUAAUAGGGGAGAAUUGUUUGAGUGGGCGGAGCGUGUGCCAUUUCGUUUAACGCAUAAUAUGGUAGAUGCUAUGGGGCCAUUGAAAAUUGAAGGACCAUUCAGACGUGCUUGCGAAAUAACUAUGAGAGUUCUUCGACAACAAAGUAGUACGCUAUUGAGUGUGCUUACUCCAUUUGUAUAUGAUCCGCUAGUGAGCUGGAAUAAGAACCAAGCUGGUGAAGGUGGUGAAAAAACAAACGAAAAAGCUGUAGAACAUAUUAAGAAUAUAGAACAACGGCUUAAAGGCUUAAUUCGAUCUCACGGCAAAAAAUUAGAAAAUAUUGCUUUAAAUCUUAGUGUUGAAGGACAAACUAAUCAUCUUAUUUUAGAAGCAACCAAUGUAGAUAAUCUUUGUCAAAUGUAUUUCGGAUGGGGCGGAUACAUGUAGCAAAUGUUGUAUUUCGUACAAUGCCUCAUAUAUCAUUAUCAAUUGUAAAUUUCAGUUUUAAAUCCACUUGUGCAUUUUAAGCUUCUACAUUGAAGCUUUGAAGCAUCAUAAAGUACGAAAAUGCAGUACUGAGUAUCUGCAAAUGAUCAUGAAAUAAUUAUUAUUCGUGAUAAUUAUAUGU